GCGGCCAUUCAGCACUUCUCAAACUUCUCGCGAGCACAAUCAGCUGAGUCCACAGGAGACCGACGAGAGCAGCGAAGUAGAUCGUUCGUUGGCCAGCCACAGGAUGGCACGUCAGAGCCGUUCAGCGAUGCCAUGAGCGACAUGGGCUUCUCAGACACCUCCACGCUUUGCAUGGGG